GAUUUCUUUGAAGAUACAUCUUAUUAUGGUGGCCCAUGACACUUGUUCGAGAGUGACGUGUGCUACUGAACUCCAGAAGAAGAAGAAGAAGUAAAGGUGUCGAUGACUUUCUCAGUGAAUCAUAACAAACCCCGUAACUUCUCAUUGCAGUGUUAUGAAUUACAAAGCAGUCACGACAUCCCCUAAACUUGAAGUUGUAAUUGUACUUUGUUGUUGUAUGUAAAAUCUGCCCAAGAGUCGUAAUGUCAGUCACUACAAAGAAAAAGCAUGUGGAGCGAGAGCUCUAUGAAGACUUUUCUUUACCCGAAGAACAUCAGUCGAUUGUUAGAGUUGUUAGAGCAAGGGGAAACAACUUGCACCAGGUUGCUGCACCAAAUGGAGAAGAGUUCCUUGUAUCAAUGCCUCCUAAGUUUCGCAAACAUGUCUGGAUUAAAAGAGGAAAUUAUGUGGUGACGGAACCCAUACCCGAAGGAAAUAAAGUGCGGGCAGAGAUUGUUCGAAUCCUAAUGAAAGACCAUAUUAGAUUUAUUGAGCAAAAUGGUAAAUGGCCCUCAGAAUUUACUCUGCAGGACUGUGAGAGCAAAGAUGAACAGGAAAUUAGUAGCAGACUGGACAGUAUUAAGGUCAGCAAGGAACUGACAGAUGAAAGUGGCUCAGAGAGUGAAGAUGAUGAUUUUUUGAUUGAAAAUCCGAACAGACCAAAUGUUUAUGUUGAUGAGACUGAGUCCAGCAACUCUGAAGAAGAAAGUGAUAGUGAAGCUGAAUCUGAUGAACAAUUAGACAAAAAUGAUAAAAGUGUAAAUAACUAAAAUGUAACUGAAGUGGUCCUAUUUAUAAGGUGUAAGUGACUUUAUAUGAAAUACCUUUGCCAAGCAUGCUGUAACAAAAAAAAAAGGACUAGUUGGCUUUUGGGUAUUCCAGUACCAAUGAAGGUAAAGCUAAUCUUGUUAAAAUAACCAUAUGUUACUGUUGGUAAAUAUUAUUUAUAAAUUUUUGUGUACUUUUUCUAUGAAUAUUUCUUCAUAAGGGGAAUCUUUGAAUAAAACAUGUAUAAAGUCUUAAGGACA